AUGUCAUCCAAGACGGAAAAAGAGCUGCAGCAAAUUAUGUUGAAGGAGAAGAGACUCAGGCACAUGAUCAUAAACGGCUGUGAAGACUUUGAUUCUUGUGUCGACGAUAACGCACUUGCCCCCACAAACAGUCCCCAACACUCCAACCAAUACCUUAUACCAUACCGACGCACCCCACGAACACCGCAUCUCUCGCCGCAAGACCGCCAUCCAGAACUGAGUUCCUCCUUGCCCAGGAUACCCGAAGAAGCGCCUCAUGAUCUCCUCGAAAUGUCGGAUUGGGCGACCGUUCUGGAGAGUUUGGAUACUACUGCUGCUCCGACGAAUUGCAGUGAUGCCGCUUCCGAUACUGGCACUAGUGUGGACAGUGUCGGGAGUGCUGAAGGGGUGGAGAAUGUAGAUGAGGAACGAAGAGUGCCUGGAUGGUGGGAUGGAGAAACAAACUCAGUGGGAGGAGUGGCUAGGGGGAAGUGAGAGACUGAUCCACGUUGUAGCAGGCAACGCCACGGCAAGGUUGGAGAAUACGUCUUGCUUCCUGCUUUGAGGGUGCGGUUUUUCGAGGGUUCGCUCAACACGACGCUGCUCAUUGCCCUAGGAUGGAUCUAUCGAUUCGUCUUUCUUCUGAGAACUUGGGGAACUGAUGCCAGUAAUGAAUGACCACGAAUGACG